CAGGCAGAUAUUGCCAAACAAGGAAGGGUGAAGGCCUUUUACGAGUUGAAAAAGGCGCAGGAAGAUCGACAAGCAGUUCUGGAACGUGCCGCUGAGGCUAAACGCGCCCGAAAACACGAACGCCAUAUGGAGAACGCCCGUGCGAAGCGCUUGAAGCUCGAAUUGUCGAUGUUGAUUCUGUUUCUUGGAAGCACAUUCUUUGAGAAGCUGAGAAGUUGCGCGGCGACGUCAACAAUACCAACAACCAAGACACCUUUGAAAGAGCAGUUGCUUCUAUGGCAACUGGCUCAGUGUCAAACCAUGAUAGCAACAACGAUCUCCGCAGCGCCACUCCACCUCCUCACCAAGUGGCGCACAAAACCCAGCUUCCACAUCUCAUGCACCACCACUAACAAACGAUGAAGGCAUAGACAAUAAUAAGGAUAUGUCAUUGAUACCAAAGCGAUCAACGAAGGUCGACUCAAACUCCCUCGUACAAUGAAGGA